ACGAUGUCGUCCAAUGAAGUCCAACCAAGUAGUGGUACUUUAUUAGAUCCUUCCACAUUUGUUUUUCCGGCGCCUUCCACUACCACUGGCAUCACCAUCGAAUUUUGCAAUAGGUGCCGAUGGCUUCAUAGAGCAACGUGGACGCAGACAGAGCUCUUCUUGACAUUUCCGCCGCCUUUGAUAGGGAAUAUAUCUCUGCAUCCUCUGAACUCAGAUGAAACUGCCGGCCGUUUCCGCGUCUGGAUUAUUGUUGAAAAUGAGUCCCCACAUUUAUUAUGGGAUAGGAAGAUAGAGGGCGGCUUCCCUGAGCUCAAAGCUCUUAAACAGCGAGUUCGUGAUCGAGUUCAGCCAGGCCGUUCGUUAGGGCACUCUGACAUCAAAUCUUGAGCAAUAUUCACUAGUGGUACACUUAACUACAACUUGGCUACUCAUUUUAGCGUAUAUCAGUAUCGGCGUUUUGUGCCAAGUAAACCACCACAGAGGCUUCCAUACAUUGUAAGAUGCACUUUAGCCAGCAUUAACAGUGCGAGAUCGCGCUGAGGCGAAAUU